GGAGAAUCGUAAAAUACAAGUUAAAAUAAAAAAAAUCACAACCGGUUAAACCGGUUGCUCUUCCUUCACUUGCCUGAACCCUGAACCCCCAAUGCGAAUUGCAGCGUCGUCUCCGCCGAAGAAACGAUCUGCGCCACCCUCUGUUCUCAUCACGUGGCUUCGUCUCCGCCGGAAGGUCAGGUUACAUUUUUCUUGGGUCGCCGAAAUAGCGAGCAGGGUCGGCUAGACCCACUUUUAGCUCAACAGGCUCACUAGCUCUUAACAAGAAGUCUCUAUAUCUUAAAGUAUCAUUGCCAGUGUUAGACAAUGGGAGCUGUGAAAUUGGAGCUCCAUUGUGGUUCGCAAAGAGUGGAUGGCAUUGUUGUUGAUCCUGAACCUGAUUGGAGCUUUGAUGCUCUUGUCUCAGAACUCAAUGCUUUGGAAACGAAACUUGCUACUACUUCUACCAAACCUUCGUCUCUCAAUAAAACAACAUCCCGUGGGAAUGAAAUUGAGAGAGGUAGAACUUUCAAAUUGCAUGCACAUGAAUAUGAGAUGGAAGACACAGAAAGUGAAGACGAUGAUGUUAAUGAUGACAGAGCUUUAGUAGUAGCUGGCAAGCGAAUCACUUGUGAUGAACUUUAUCUAAGUGACAGUGAUGAUUCCGAUGUUAUGUCUGCUUUUGAAGUGCAACCCUACUUGAUGGAUGAAGUGGAGGAGGUGGAAGGUGCCUUGUUUGAGUUGACCCAUGAACACCAGCUUAGGGUUAAGGAUGAAAUAAGGAGUAAGAUCUCAGUGUUGGAGUCAGCUCUGGUGAAUGAAAGUCAGAACGCUACUUCUUCCCUUCUGCGAGUGGAGAAAUAUAAAACAACAAGGCAGGAAUUGGAUAAAAAGUUUGACACGCAAUAUCAGCGCCGCAUUGCAGAAGAACUUGAUAAUCACUUGACAGCUGUUCAACAGGACCGUGAACGUAGAUCACAGAUAGAGGAAAGGAAAAUAAGAAAUGAUGCAGCCAAUGAAGAGGCCAAGAGAAAGAUUGCUUUGCAGGAGGAAAAGAAGCAGCAAGAAAAGGCUAAAGCUGAAGCAGAGGCCAAACUUAGAGCUGAAGAAGCAAAACAAGCUGCAUUGGAAGCUGAGAGAAAAGCGGUAAUGGAAACCAAAAGAAAGGCAGCAAUGGAAGCUGAAAAAAGAGCGGAAAAGGAAACCAUAGGAAAUUCAGAAAGGGUUACUUCUGGAGCGACCCAACAAGAAGCUGCUGGGCGUCCAACAGAUUCUGCAUCAAGCCUAUCCAAUGUGGAAACCAAGAAAUCUGGUACAGGUAAUGUGUGUCAAGCUGCUGCAAGUGCUUUAAAUCUAGAGCAUGGGAGGCUACAGAAACUGACUGAGCUAUAUGAGAGAAACCAAUUGAUAAGAUCAAGUUCUAAUAAGGAUUAUACCCGCCAUGAGAAUCAUAUUUUCCGGAAUAUAAAGACAAUUAGGGGCAGUAGAGACAGUGUGAGAUCAAAAGCAAGUGAUUUGAUUAAACUUUUGAAUGAUCCUCAAUAUCCUCAAUCAAUCAGCGUGGAGACAUUUGCUAAAAAGGUUGUUUCAAACGCUAAAGCUCCUGGUAGUGCUCCUUUUGCAAGUGCCUAUGUCAUUGUUCUUGUUACAUCUCAGGUCCCACAUGCAAUGGAUAUUUUGCUAGCUGAGCUUCACAGGGUGUGCCCAUACACUGUCCCAAAACAUAUGGUUUACAAAAAGUCUACCUUUCAAUCAAAAGAGGCAUACUUCAAAAGCAUCGGUUAUUGGGAAGAAAAUGGAAAAAUGGAGAGUACAGAAGAUUAUUUACAGAGGUUAGAAUCCUAUGUGAAGAUGUAUGCUGCACUGGUUCAGACUGAGAUUCCUAAGGUUCAAAAUUUGCAUGGCUUACAACAUGGUUGGGCAUGGCUUGCGAGGUUCUUGAAUUCUCUUCCAGCCAAUCAAUAUACAGCUGUUUCGCUCGAUGCAUUCUUGCGAAUGGCUGGAUUCGCUCUUUUUAGAAGAUAUAAAUCUCAAUUCUUAAAGAUGUUGAACACCAUCUCAGAGAACUUUUUAGUUGAUCUGAAAUCACGAAAUGCACCAGAAUUGAGAAAGACUAUUGCGGAGAUACAGACUUAUAUAGAAGAUAAGAUGUUCCUUCAAGAGCCAGAAGGAAGGAGCCUGCAAACUAAUUUGUUAUCGAAGGAAUGUGUUGUUCGUUGAAGAUUGAAUAUCAUCUUUCGUGUAUCUGUUACGUCAUUUUUGGUGUAUUUUAUAUCUGAUGAGAAGUAAGUUAUAAUAUUAUCCCAUUCUUCCAAAGUAGUUACUAUGUUGAAUAGUUUUAUUCACACCUCCCGAUAGGUGAAUAUUGAAUGAGAAGAGAGAUAGAUAGAAAAUAGAGGUGUAAUAGAAGUAAGAGUGUGAAUGAAUCAUAGCUCUUACUAUGUUAUGUUUGAUUUUGUUAUUGUUGUAAAAACUGGAUUGGCUGGUCACCGAUUGAAUCAAGGAGGGAGCUACUUACCCUCAUAAUAUGGUAUGAAUUUCCCUAUUCUUUUAAUGGUAUAAA